CUUUAAAAAAAUUGGACCCAUGGAAAUAUCACCAAAUAUACAAAAGUCGGAUUUUUUACUUUGUGGGGCCAGGAGGCUCCCUUUGUGUUCUUGGGAAACGUAAUUUAUACGCCCUUAAACAACGCGCCCGCGCUUGCGUCGUUGCCGAGCAACUGGCCGCCUCUCAGAGCCGAGGAAACUUGUAAGGAGGAAAGGAGAGAGGGACGUCUUCCGCGGCCGGAAAUGAAGUACCCAGCGGAAGUGACGUGGGGAUAGAGGGAAGCCUGGGGCAGCGGCUGGAGAAUGUCUGAGGGGCUCUUCGGAGCAGAGGCUGUCUCGCGCCUUCCCGGUUUCGCUAAGCGGGUGCUCGUGACUGGCGGCGCGGGCUUCAUAGCGUCUCAUGUGGUGGUUUCUCUUGUACAAAAGUAUCCAAACUAUAUGAUUAUUAAUCUUGAUAAGUUGGAGAAUUGUGCAAGCUUAAAAAAUCUUGAGGUAGUUUCUCAGAAACACAACUAUAAGUUUGUCCAGGGAGACAUUUGUGAUCCAGGUUUCAUUAAAGAAUUAUUUGAUAAAGAGAAAAUUGAUCUAGUAUUACAUUUUGCAGCUCAAACACAUGUAGAUCGAUCUUUCUGGCACAAACAUGAAUUCAACUAUGUUAAUGUUUAUGGAACUUACAUUCUUGUUGGUGCUGCUUAUGAGGCUAAUGUGGAGAAGUUCAUCUACGUCAGUACUGAUGAAGUUUAUGGGGGAGGCUGUGAUCAGGAAUUUGAUGAAUCCUCACCUAAAAAACCUACAAAUCCUUAUGCGGCAUCCAAAGCAGCUGCUGAAUGCUUUGUGCAGUCUUAUUGGGAAAGAUACCAGUUUCCAGUGGUUAUCACACGGAGCAGCAACAUUUAUGGACCCCACCAGUUUCCAGAAAAGGUUAUUCCAAAGUUUAUUUCCCUCUUGCAGCAGAACAGAAAAUGUUGCAUUCAUGGCUCAGGACUUCAGAAGAGAAAUUUUCUUUAUGCCAGUGAUGUAGCAGAAGCAUUUCUUACUGUUAUGAAGAAGGGAAAGCCAGGUGAAAUCUAUAACAUUGGGACCAAUUUUGAGAUGUCUAUUGUACAGCUUGCAAAGGAAUUGAUCCAUCUAAUAAAAAAUACUAAUUCAGAUGCUGAGACAGAAUAUUGGAUGGAUUAUGUUAAAGACAGACCUACAAAUGACUUGGGCUAUCCAAUGAACUCUGGGAAAAUGUACAGUUUAGGCUGGAGACCUAAAGUACCUUGGAAGGAAGGAAUAAAGAAGACAAUUGAAUGGUAUCAAGAGAACUUCCAUAACUGGAAGAAUGCUGAGAAAGCUUUGGAGCCUUUUCCUGUUGCUGAAGAAUCUGUGUGAUUUUGGUCUGCAGCAAAAUUGGAAAGAAAAAUGAAUUCUACCUCAGGACCACAUGAAGGAAAAAACUGCUCAAGCAUCUAAAGUACAGAUGCCUCGUGUUCAAGAAAUGUCAAUCAUUGCUAUCGAGAAAGAAAAUAGAAUGGAAUUUUAGAUCCCCUUUGGGGCCCAGCUUAAUUUAAUCAACAUUCCAGUGCAGUACUGAAGCUUUAACAUGAACUUUUUUUAAAAAUGCAAUCAAAGCAAUUUUUGUAAAUUAAACAUGCACUUUUUAUCAUGAUCAUCAUGAUUCAUUAACAGUAUUAUUUUAAAAAGUCUAGGGAGCAAUUUUUAGCAAAGAGAUCUUUUUGCUUGCAAUGAAUUUGAAGACAAAAAGCAGCAGAGGCCUCAUCCUGACCUCUCAAAAGUGAUUGUUUGAUCAUAUGUUCAUUUUAAAAUGCUGUAUAGUCCUAUGUAAUCUUAGUUUCAGUGAUCUGAAGAGAAGAAGUAAUUUUCUUUUA